AUGUCCGAAAUAGAAAAAGAAGAUAGUCAACAAUCAUCUAGAACCAAUGAUCUACUGCCUCAACUACCCAAUAAAUGGAGAAUAUUUACUAAAGUUUCUAAUUUCUUCCAAUUUCAAUUGGUUUUAAAGAACCAGGCUGCAGUUGCUCGAGAUCAUAUGGCGAAUGAAAGAACAUUUUUAGCAUGGGUCAGAACAUCACUUGCAUUUCUAACAUUUGGUGUUGGAUUCCUACAGUACUAUCGGGUUGAAUCAAAGGCAAGCGUUUUGGAGAGCAAUUCCAAGACCUCAGCAAUUGAAAGGUUGAAUCGUCCAAUAGGUAGUAUAUGUAUGGUGUUAAGUGGGUUAACAUUAAUUUUUGGGGCAGUACGAUAUUUCCAAGUUCAAGAUUUACUACAGAAUGACUAUUAUCCAGCCACAAGAUUCACUAUUUUAAUAAUACUAUUAAUGAAUCUAAGUAUGCUAAUAGUGGUUUUCACUUUAGAUAUUGAAGUUUCGGUGACUUAA